UAAUUACAACAUUUCUUACGUUCAUUCUCAUCCAGAUAAGAAUAAUACAACAAAAAAAGAAAACGAAUUUGUUCACUAAUUUUGAAAAUUCAAUAAUAAAACCUCCACGGAUACCUUAUUUCUACCCAACAAAAACUUCCACGGGGAAACCAUUUCUGUAACAGUUCUUGCUUCUCUGCAAGAUGAUCGGAGAACACACGGAGUCACAUGUGUCCGAUGACCACAAGGUGCCGCUUCUGCCCAUUCAGGAGGCAGCGGAGGGAACACAGAGCCGCGUUUCCUUCACCUUCAAAUCGAUUCUAACACUGCAAAACUUCUAUGUCAUUCUGGGACCUCUGUUGUCCCUUUUCAUAUGCUUCUUCGUCAAGCUCGACGCUCCACCCACGAGCCAGAAAAUGCUUGGUGUGAUUGCUUGGGUUUUUACUUGGUGGGUGACCCAGGCCGUGCCGCUUCCGGUGACCUCCAUGUGUCCUUUGUUUCUCUUCCCGAUCUUCGGGAUUGCUUCAGCUGACAGCGUGGCGCACUCCUACAUGGAUGAUGUCAUCACCCUCGUUUUGGGAAGCUUCAUUCUCGCUCUCGCCGUCGAACGCUACAACGUUCACCGGAGACUGGCCUUGAAUGUAACGUUGGUGUUUUGUGGCGAUCCGGUGAAUCCAGCGCUGUUACUGUUGGGGCUAUGUGCGACGAUAUUCUUCGUGAGCAUGUGGCUGCACAACGUGGCGACGGCGGUGAUGAUGAUGCCGGUGGCGACGGGGAUCGUGCAGCGGCUGCCUGCGGUGCACGAGCAGUCGGAGGCGCUGAACAAGUUCAGCCGCGCGGUGAUUCUGACGGUGGUGUACGCGACGCCGAUUGGGGGAAUAAGCACUCUAACGGGAACGGGUGUGAACUUAAUAAUAAUCGGAAUGUGGAAGAGCCUCUUCCCCGAAGCAAAACCAAUAAGCUUCAACACGUGGUUCUUCUACGGUUUCCCUGUGGCUAUUCUCAUCCUCAUUUGUUUCUGGUGCAUACUCUGUCUCCUCUAUGUGCCCAAAGGUUCUGCUCGUGCUUUGUCUUCUUACUUGGAUAGAACUCACUUGAAAAGGGACCUUGAAGCUCUUGGUCCCAUGGCUUUUGCUGAGAAGAUGGUGUUGUCUGUUUUUGGGUUGCUGAUCGCAUUAUGGAUGACAAGAAGAAUCACAGAUGACAUUCCUGGAUGGGGAUCUUUGUUCCACGGCCUUGUUGGAGAUGGAAGUGUCAGUGUUAUGGUUGCUGUUUUAUUGUUCAUAAUCCCAAACAUGAAGCAAGAAGGGGAGAAGCUAAUGAGCUGGAAUGACUGCAAAAGGUUACCUUGGAACCUGAUUUUGCUUCUGGGAGCUGGUUUUGCCAUAGCUGAUGGAGUACAAUCCAGUGGCUUAGCAGAUGUGCUUUCACAAGCCUUGGAUUUCUUGGAAGAUGCUCCAUACUUGGCCAUUGUUCCUGCUGUUAGUCUAAUAUGUAGCAUUAUUACUGAGUUCAUCACCUCCAACGAUGCCACUGCUACCCUUCUUGUGCCACUUCUUUAUCACAUAGCCAGAACUAUGCAUGUGAAUCCGCUUCUACUCAUGGUACCUGGAGGAAUAGCAACCGAGUUUGCUUUCUGGCUUCCAACUUCAACACCUUCAAAUGUAGUUGGCUUUGCCACUGGACACAUAGAAAUCAAAGACAUGCUCAAAGUUGGUGUACCACUCAAGGUUGCUGGGAUUCUUGUGCUAUCUCUUCUAAUGCCUUCACUAGGGACAUUUGUUUUUGGAUCAAAUCCAUAAGUGACAUUGCAAAAUGUUGUUUGUCUAUAGGAGAUGAACGGAAGUUUAAAUGUGCAGGGUACCCUGGGGAGAUAUCAACAGUGCAAAAGAGAAGAGAUAGAAACAAUUUCAUCUCUUUCCUUGUUGCUUUUAUUUUGUAUUUGUUUAUAAUUUUUUACAGGGAUACGAUAUAAAUAGGAGGAGAUUCCAACUAUUGUAAAACUUUAUACCAGUACCAGAAGAAGGGAAUUGAUUUCUUCUUUUCUUUUUCUAUGUAAAAUGCAUUUUGUUGAUUAGAAUGUGUUGAAGUUCCUGUUGA